AUGGCAGCAAAGGUGGCUUUCAGAGCGUUUGAUGACCCUCAAAUGGAAAGUGACGAAGGGAUUUUUAUCACGAAACAACACAAUCUUGAAUCCGAGCGUCCCUCAGCGCUACGCCGAGCGAGGAUCAGCAUCAGGAGGACUAAGAAGAUGCCGACACAUGCGAAAAAUGCUCCGAAGCAAUCUCGACCGUUUGGUUUUCGCGCCAUUCGUAAGGGGUCCCAAAAAAAAGGAGUUGCCGACGACGGCAACGGCAAUAAUUCUGACGACGAUCCUGUUAUGUUGCUGUUCGAGGCUCGUUCCACACAACGUGUUCGCUUUUCGUUCGAAGAUCCAAAAGAGUCGCGCCGCUUUACCAAAAAAGAGAAUCUGGGCGGGACUAACACCCCCACAAGUUCUGCGGUCAGUUCGAGUCCGUCUUCCAGUAUAAAAAAAUUCAUGAAAGGAGCCCUGUUCUCCAAAGGCAGCAAGAUGAGCGAAGAAAACGAAGUUUUCGAUAUCGAGUUGCGUAAAGAAAUUGAAACUGCAAAAAAGGAUUCCGGUCUAGUAUGGGAAAAUGACAAUGCUUCUUUAAGUUCAGAUCUAUUGUUCCCAGGGAAGCAACAAGAAGCUACCUUGCUCUCCUUUUGGGAAGAUCAGGAAACACGGGCAAAUGUCAUCAAACUCACAAACAAGGCACGGCGUGCGCAAGUCGUACACUUUCGUUUUGAGUACGCUGUGAAGUGCUACGUCAACGCCUUAGAACUCCUGAAGGCUGCAAAAUAUCCAGACGACCACCCGAUGGUGGUAAAGACGAUGGUUUCGCUUAAUCAUGCUCAUCACGCCGUGAAUUCAUACAAAAACUCGGCAAACAUUGUCAAAAUGGGAAUCAAAUACGAGGACGCCGGGGAGCUUGUUCGUGCUUUAAAAAUGUAUACCAUUGCGUACCGAAUCCGUCGAGAUACUCUGAGCCGGGCGCACCCCAGCUUGGUAGUUUUAUUGAAUAUGCUCGGAACCAUUCAAAUCAAACGUGGUGAGCUUGAAGAGGCGAUGCAAAUCUAUGAGCUUGCGCUCAGAGAAACUCCGCCAACCCUUGAACUGGAGGGAGCCAAGGAAGAACUUCAUGCAAAACCGGACAACUUACUUGCUCGUAGCGUCACCUUUCGCGAGAUGGGUACUAUUUUCGAACGUUGGGGGAAAAAUGUGCAGGCUCUUAAAAAGUAUCACGAAAGCCUUGACUGUGUCGCCCAAUAUAAAGGAGUAGUCAUCGCGGACCAUGCACACGAGAAUGAGAACGUCCACCGUUUGCAACGCUCAACGAGAGACCAAAACCCGGACACAAAAGAUAUGCAGCUGUCUGAAAAAUCAAUUAUAGAAGCAUUUGAAGAUAACGAAGAGGACAACUGCAGUUUGGAACUUCAUAUUGGCUCAGGAGACGUGCACGAAACAGGUCAACAGAAGAGUAGUGCAAAAACCAUGAGUGAAUAUGACAGGUUCUUUCCUCCUGUCGUAGAGGAUGUGGUACAAGCAAAUAUGAGAAGCAGAACAGAAUCGGAGGAACACCGCGGAGAUUUCGCCGAUGUCAAUGUUGCAUUGACGCUUCACCAAGUAGGACAACUACAUCGGGCAGAAGGUGAAUACGAUAUGGCUCUCUCUGCCUAUACAGUGGCCUUGCGAGGUAUGCAAUACGCGUUGGGGGAAAAACAUCCUAAUGCCGCUGCGAUUCUUGGCAACAUGGGAAAUCUGCAGAAGGAAAUGGGUGACAUGGAUGCAGCGUUCGAAACAUAUCAGCAGGUGUUAGGCAUUGAAUCGUAUCGUCUUGGUUUGAGUCAUCCAGAUGUCGUUGUUACCCUCCACAAUAUCGCGACCAUAGACGCUGCUCGUGGAAACAACGAACACGCGUUGGCCUUGUACAAACAGGUGAUCAAUUUGCAGCGAACAUUGUUCGGAGAAGAUAAUCAUGCUGUUUCGGUAACGUCCGCAUGCAUGGGAGACGUUUAUGAGCGUGUUGGGGACAUAAAGCAAGCAAUCGAAUGUUUCGAAGAAGCAAUUCGUAUCAAAACUACAGCUCUUGGACGGCAUUCAUUAGAAGUUGCGAGGCUGCUGCACAAGCUUGGCAAACUUUCUGCUAAAAAAGAAGAAUUUCACCAUGCCAGUUCAUUUAUUUCCCGUUCCAUUCUUGUUUAUCGAUUGAAUAAGUUAUCAGAAGAAGACGAAUGGGUCGUUGAUGCUUACCGAGAUGCUGCCGAUAUUGAUGGCGCUAUUGCGUUGGGAAAAGGAAAUUCGUUCGAGUGCUAA